AUCUUGGUACAAUGGUGUUAUCCAGUGCUUUUAAAGGAUACAAUAUUUGUCUUUUUGCUUAUGGACAGACAGGUUCAGGAAAAACAUAUACCAUGAUGGGCACUCCAGCUUCCAUUGGAUUAACACCUCGGAUAUGUCAGGGUCUUUUUUCAAGAGAAGGUGCCUCUUCCAAGCAGUCAACAUCAUGCAGAGUAGAAGUUAGUUUCCUAGAAAUCUAUAAUGAGCAAGUCCGCGAUUUAUUAAGGCAGUCAAACCAUAAGAAGCCAUAUACGCUUCGUGUCCGUGAACACCCUGAGAUGGGUCCAUAUGUUCAAGGGCUAUCUCAACAUGUGGUUACAGACUACAGACAAGUAGUUGAACUUUUGGAAGAAGGGAUAGCAAAUAGAAUUACAGCAGCUACCCAUGUUCAUGAUGCCAGCAGUAGAUCCCAUGCUAUUUUCACCAUCCAAUAUACUCAAGCUAUACUUGAGAACAAUCUGCCUUCUGAAACAGCAAGCAAGAUCAAUCUAGUGGACCUUGCAGGCAGUGAAAAGGCCGAUCCUAGUUAUUGCAAACAUCGAAUCACAGAGGGUGCCAAUAUUAACAAAUCAUUAGUUACUCUUGGAAUUGUUAUCUCUACUUUAGGUAAAAAUAAUAUUAACUUUUAUUUAAACCAUAAUGAAAUGUUAAUGGAUCACCUAUUGCACUUUUCCUAUGAUGCAUACUUGCAAGCGGGCAGGAGUGAAUAA